AUGGGGCUCGAUACUCGCAGACCACUCCUUCCUGCCCCCACAGAAUCCAUCAUCGAUAGCCCGGGCGACAGCGCAACACCCACAGAUCUGGCCACUGACCUUUCUCGCCACACAGACAAAACGUCGUACUCGAUCCCGGACGACGGCAGCCCUAUCACUGUCGCCACCAGGCACCAUCGGGAUCGCGACGAAAAGGCGUCGCGAUCACAUCGCGAUUCCCAGACUUCGCUUCUCAUCGAGUACUUCGAGGGCGGGAAAGGCCCCGGCGGCGUGGUAUCAAGACCUAGUGUGCGAGUCCGGGUGACACCCUCCGGUGCCAGGAGAAAGGACCGAGAUCAUAUUCAAAUCACCGAGUCCGGAAGCAGUCGCAAGCCGGCUUACACCCGACGUAUCUCCCUGAGCUCACCGUCAAAACACAAGCAACUGACCGAGUCGGCGCUGAAUGAUCAGAGCGCAAGUGACGACAACUCAGCUGAAGAGAGUCCGCAGUUGUCACGGCGUCUACCCGUCGAGAUAGAGUUGAUGAAUCGCGGCCAAGACAGCGAGCUAUCAACAGUCUCGCGCAACACCAGAUUCAUGCCUCCAUCAUCGGACAUUUCGUCCAUGCCAGCCGACAGCAUGAUCGAUACUCUUUCCUCGGCCGGUCCUCGGCGAAAGCGAAGUCAAAGUCUCGAGCGUGGUUCACCCCGCGAAGAGAAACAAAAAGGACAUUUGAAGGCUCCGACCCGGCAACGAAGUCGCAGUCUGAGUACCGAGCGCAUCGCUCAUCGCGUGGCAGAGAAGCUCAACGAGCCGCCCAAGGAGACCUCGGGCAGUAGACACAAGAGCAAGAGCAAGAAUAAAAGCGUCGGCAAAGAAUAUCUCGAGGCUGAACCGAAGUCAUCUCGACGACGGCGCCACGAAAAGGCUGAAGAGUACAUCACCAGCCCGGAAUCGAGUCUCUUGAGCUCGGCAGUCUCCUCGAACCGCAAGUCCGGCGAUCAGUAUUCUAUCCGUUCUGGCGCGUCCAAAUCUUCUAUCAACAAUCCUAGGCUAUUGGAAACUGUAGAAGAUGCCAUCCGACGGCUGAUUCUACCGGAAUUGAAGGAGCUCAAGAAGGACCAAAAGGUCAUGUCCAACACGUCGAAAUUUGACCGAGACAUGACCACUUCGUACUCAUCCACCAGCUCUCGGGAUGAAUUGGGUCGUCGUUUAUCCAAGCACGCGAGUGCCCCAGAUGUCAUGAAGCCUAUGGUUGUGUUGAACAAAGACAGCAAAGACGGAGGGAUCAUUCUUUCUGGCGAGUCAGUACCACGGUCCAAGGAGCGCAAGUCGAGCAAAAGCAGCGAGGCUUCCGACGCCGCCUGGGUCAAAUGGGGUCGACCUGAGCUCACCGAGCAAGACAAGAUUCGCAGACAGAAGAGUAAAGGUCUUCGUGAUGCGCAAGCUGCUGGCCGAGUGGGCUCGGUCCUGACCCAAGCGGCACUUAAGCACCAUGACUCCAAUUCCAGCCUAGACAAGACCGAACGCCACGAACGCAGAGCGAGUGGCUCUCGUAAGAGUGUCGACAGCUUCAAAAACAACGAAACGGAGCUCGCUUUCCAGAAGCACAACAUACCGCUCAUGCCCAUGCACAGUGCGAUGGACUCGGAGAUGACCAGAGCCUCGUUACUCUCUGAGCGCACGGAGAGUCCUACCCCUCACAACCAGCUCUUCCAUGGCGAAGUCUCCCGCGGGUCGCCGAGACAGCUCGCCUCACCCACCGCUCGUACCCCGACUCGAACCCCCUUGGACUCGCGAUAUGAGCUGGGCAUGCGUCAUGGAAACCAAUCGCAUCAUAACCUUUCCAUGCACAGCAUCUCAGACCGUGACUUGCGUGGCAAGAGCCAGUCACCUGGAACCGGCUCUGGAGACUGGGCCAUUGCCGCUGCGGCCGCUGCCAACCUUCUUGACGCAGCUCAGCCAGGACAUCGGGCCUCGGACGGCGAACAGUACGGCCGGGCCCUGAGCCCUAUCCAGAGUGUUGCAAGCGGACACACUGAGACUGGUAGCGAUCACUAUCAGGCCCAGUACCACCAUCAGCCUGAAGGCAAGCGAGAAAUGGAACCCCGCCUCUCGAUUGACUCCCUGUCUUCGGCACCUAGCACCAACCUCGCACGAUCCACCCGCAAUGGACCCAGCCCCAACAGUCAGAGCGAAGCCUUCCACGGCGAGGGAGGUCCUGACCUCGGCUAUGAGCAAUCUCGCCAUGUUUCAACCGAAGAAAACAUCUAUGGUCAUGACGAGGAGUCCAAACUUUCAGGUGAUGGCGAGGACAGUGAUGUUGAUUUCAUGGACCGGAUCAAGGAAGGUCAGCAUGUCACUGGUGGUGGGGUGGCUGCCAACCCCCAGUUUGUCCAUCCUAUAGAUGUUGAAUCAGCAGUGGCCUCUUUGAUGGAUCCAUCUAUUCUCGAGUCCCAGACAUCGAGCAACCGGUCCCAAACGGAAAACGCUGAGCGAGCCGCCAGUCGCAGCCCCGAGAAGCGCGGAAGUCCCUUGAAGCAAGUACAAGAUGCUUCCAGCCCCGAUGAGACCUCCUUCCCUCGCCGCAUGGGUGUUACUUCUCCCCCGCAGAGUGUCACCCAGUCCAUUGACGACUUGGAGGAAGCGGGCAUUAUCGCUGGCGCCGCUCGUGGACUGCAAAACCCUGACGUGGAUGCUGAUGCUCAUAGCCAAGAGUCGGAGUCGGAUAUCAACACCAACCCGUCCAUCAUCCAGGGUCCAAUUGGUGGUGCUCAAGGAACCCAGGAUCACUGGGGGUAUGGUUCGCGAUCACCGCCAGCUGAGAUUCCGUACUAUGACCAGUCUGGUGGCACAAAGGAAAUGCCUCACAAUGGACAGCGUGGUCUUGACGCCGAGUACUACGAGACUGCCAGGAACAUCUUCGGUGGCGAUGACUACUAUCCCGAUCAGCAGACUCAGCAGCUUUUCGGUACUCCUCCAGGAGCCAAGGAUGAAGGUUAUGUGUCUGCUGCCAACCCCAUGUCCCCCAGCAUCGGUACUCCCAAGCAGGGUAGCCGUGGUCUAGCCGGCGCGGAUGCUGCUGGUGUAGGUGCUUUCGACAGCCCCGAGGCUGAUGAUCCAUUUACUUCUGGACACCGUCGGGAUCUCAGCGGUUACUCUCAUGGCGUCGGCUCUCCGCUUUACGACAGUGCCACUGGUCGCGGCAUCGAAAGAAUCCAGUCCAAGGACAUUGUCGCUCUGAUGGACCAUCUUACCGUGCGCGACGCUCAGCGGAAUGCCAGAGAUACCGAGAUUUUGGUUACUUUGGUCCGAAGUGCGGCUGAGAUGCGAACCUCCUUCGAAGCUAUGAAGAAAUUCAUCGCCCAGCAGGACGAAAUGCUUCAAGAUACCACUGAAAAAGAACAUGACCGGACUUUGAAGGCUCUCGGCGGCCCUCGACCAUUGCCUACCAGCAACUCUCGUGCCCAUCAGCUGAACGCAGAGGAGGAGGAACAACAGGCCAAGCGGAAAAACAUUUUCAAGCGUGCACUCAAGGGUCUGAACUUGAAGUCGGGCAAUGACCUCACCAAGAUCGAGGGCAUGCUGGAGCAGUUGCUUGAAGAGGUUGAGGCACUGCGUGAAGGGCAGGACAUCCCAAGCCCUCGCCCUGGCACUCGCCGCGCAAGCACUGAUCCCACUGGAGUCAACACCAAUGACCACAGUGGUGCGCCUUUGGGUAGCCAUCCUUACCAGUCGAGCCCCCGGCCGUCUAACGCGGAUCCGCGCGUCAGCACUGUGCCCGAGGAGGAUGAGGAUGACGACGACGACCUUGAGAUUGAUGAGGAUGAUCCUUAUGUGACAGCACACCUGCCUAUGCAAGAGCCUCUUCGCCACGAACGCUCUGGAUCCCUGCCCCUUGUCACUCCUCCGCGCAAGCCUGUUGCCUCGGGAGCGCGAAGCACCGAUACGACACCCAAGGCUUCCGACAAGACCGAGAAGGCUCGCAAGCAUAAAUCGAGCAGCUCUUCUAUCUUCCCCAAGAUCUCCCGCUGGUCCAAGACCACCGCAUCUUCCAUGGGUGAUAACAUCCGCAACAGUAUCCAGCCUGCUCGCAAGGAGCGUCCACACUCCGAGGUCUCACGCUCUGGGUCAGAUCUCGCCCAGGAUGCUUACAAGGGGGACUACUACGACCCUCAGGGCGAUGACCGUAUUCGGUCCACCUACACUCUGGGCGAGGAUGAUCAGGAGAACCGGCCGCCGUCUCCGUUGGUUCCUUCUCAAGUCUCCGAGAGGCCCAAGUUCGAGGCGAACCGUCGCAGUCUCGACCUACAGCACCCUCAGCCUCGCCAGGGUCCCACUGGGCGCUUCCAGAACCACCUGGAAUCCCAGGCACAGAGUUACAUGGGCCCGGAGUCGCCUUCCUCAGACCACUGGGGCUCAAACCCUAGCUUGCCUGCUGUCCACCCCAACCAGCAACGCUUCAGCGGUGGCAGCCGCCUGUCUCCCAUCUCCGAUGCAGGCUACUCAGAGACCAGCUCCCGUCAAGCUGGCCCACCUCGGCCUCCCAAGGUCAAAGACGAGGGCCCAUUGAUCCCCGAGCGACCCCCCAAGGUCUCCGAGGGAGAAGAGCAGCCUUACAACGACCGCGUCGUCUCACGGGUACGAACCUCAUCAUCAAGUGUACCCAAUUCCCAAGCUAACAGUCCAAUCAAGAGCUCUGCCAUCCGCUCCCCACCAACACGCAAGCCCACCGGCCCACGCCCCCUCACCUCCAGCGGCACCUAUAGCCCCAGCAACAUCAAACGAACCCGCUACCGAGGCAGCCCGAUGCAGAUUGACUACGACGACGAAUACUAA